CUUAGAUGUAGAUACAUGACCACUUGUGGCUUCACGGAGCUAGUUCUGAGCUUCUGAUUUGCGAGGAGCCGAAGCUUACCCCACUUUCAUAAAGUCAUGGUGCCAUAUCCUGAUUAGAGAUUCUGUACUCCGUAGAGGUUGUAUUGCUCCACCACGAACACUGCAGGGUAGCAACCACUGUUAAAACAUGUAUCAGUGAUAUGUGACGCAUGCACGAACAAACCCAAUAGAUCGCCCUGGAGACAUGCAGACAGCCGAAUUUUUCAAUAAGAAAAAUCAUUCCACUAGGCUGUCUCGAUGAAGAUUGUAUGUUGUCUCCAUGUCGGAGAAAAUGUGCAAUCAGUCACUCAUGUAAGUUAAAAGCUGGAGAUGUCCGGAAAGAUAACUAGCAAAUCCACACUCAGAAUAUCAGCAAACUUAUUUUCAGUCAUCUCUAUCAUUAUUUACUGCCUCUUUCCGUUUUUCCUUUUAGCCUUUGAUACUGCUACCAUGGAUUAUAAAGACUGCAAACUCGAAGAGCAUUUUGAUGACAUGGAAAUUGAACUUAUACAUCAAGUUGACAACGCAAAACAUCAUCUAGAGACCACAGCCUCUGCAUUCUGGCAGGCUUACCUGCAGCGAAACUUUCCCAGACCCUGGCUAGUACUUUGUGAACAAGGUCCUGAUGGAAGCUUGAGGCGAGUUGACAUGAAGGUGAUAUAUUACAACAGUCAUGGCCGCAACUUUUCUCCUGUUCUGUUGGUCGAAGUCAAACGCAAGAAGGGAUCAAUGCAUGAAGUUGAAGAGCAGGGCCUAGAUGCUGCUCUAAAGGCUAUCAAUAGCCAGAAUUUGACGGGCAUGUAUGUCAUCACGGCAAUCGGGCUCAGAUAUAGAGCCUGGUAUUUGAGUAGGGAAGAACGAGAACUGCAGCCAUUGCAUGGCAGCAUUGAGAAGGCGAGUUGGGAGUAUUUACAUGUCAAACAACAAGCUGGCGUUUUGAACCUGGAAGAAACAAUCCGACUCAUCAAGGGAGAGAUGCCUAUGCGACAGGCAGGGGUCGUCCCAAGUCAACAUAUUGAGCUGGAGAAUAUUCUCCGGGCCGAAGCAUCCCAUAUCCAGGAGGGAUAUAGUGUGGAGCAGGCUGGUUCGGCUAGAGAUGACCAGGGAAAUGAGGCACCUUGUUACCCGUCUACGACAUACUAUGAACAGCCAUCGGAGCAAACAGAUGCCCAGUGGUCUGACCCCAUGGACGUUGAAGCGAGGGCAGAGUCAAGUGGUGAAGACGACGAACCCUCGCAAGCUGAGGACAGCAAGGGCAAGAAGCCAAGAAAAGAGAGGACGAUAGUGAACGUGAGAGUCACAUUGAUACCUCAUAAACUUCGGAAGGAUGAGUGCGAGUUUCGGGAUACCAAGAAGAUCAAACAGACUACCCUGAGGAGUGAUUGGAAGGAGAAGCAUGAUGGGAGUAAGACCUACUUCGAGUUCAAAGGCAAGAACCAUCGCUAUCGGUGCGAGAAAUUUGAAUACCAGCGUUAGUCUUGUUGCUAACGGGAAGUGGGGUUUGUGCGCUAUUUCUGGAAGGGGAAUAGGGACAAAUGAGAUGACCCACUCUCAGGAGUCAGAUUGGGAACCUGCCUGGAGUAACAAUGUUCCGUUAUUUAUUUUUUAGCACAAGUUCAAAGCAGACCAGCAUAACCCCUAACUUCUUAAUCGCA